CAGGGAGCACCUAUAAAACCAUCCAAAACCCAAACCCGAACCCCCCAAAACCUUUCCAUUCUUGGUCUCUGGUCUUCAACACACACACUCUCUCUUCUCUUCAAGUCUUGAUCUGCAACUCUCACUGAAGAAGUUUAUCGGAGGAACGCGAACCAUGACGUUGUUCGACAGGGAGGUCGUUUUUCUCAUACUCCAGUUCUUAAAUGAAGCGAAUGAAGCGAAAUACAAGGACACUGUUCACAAGUUGGAAAAAGAUUCAGGGUAUUUCUUCAAUAUGAGGUAUUUUGAGGAUUGCGUGAACAAUGGUGAAUGGGAUGAGGCGGACAGUUACCUGAGUGGAUUUUGUAAGGUUGAUGAAAGUAGAUACUCAACGAAGAUUUUCUUUGAGAUUCGGAAACAAAAGUACUUUGAGGCCCUUGACAGGCAUGACUAUGCUAGAGCUGUCGAGAUUCUUCAGAAGGAUUUGAAAGUUUUCUCGACAAUCGACGAAGAGAGAUUUAAGGAAAUGACCCUGCUUCUGUCGUUGGGGAAUUUUAGGGAGAAUGAGGAACUAUCAGAUUAUGGUGAUAUUAAGUCUGCCAGGGCUGUUAUACUUACUGAAGUAAAAAAGAUAAUUGAGGCAAGUCCACUUUUCCGUGAUAAGCUGCAAUUCCCCAAGUUAAAGAACUCAAGGCUGAGUACACUGAUCAAUCAGGGUUUAAAUUGGCAGCAUCACCUUUGCAAUAAUCCUAGGCCAAACCCUGACUUUAAAACUCUAUUUUCGGACCAUAGUUGUGGUUGUGGACAAAUUGCUUGUGCUCCUUCCCCUGCAAUUAACCCUAUAAUGGGAUCCAUUGCUAAACCAUUUCAGCCUGCACGCACACCUCUUACAACAUCUCUCUCUGGAUGGACAGCUAACCCGUCCUCUGUUCCGCACCAAACAGUUUCUGCCGGACCAAGAGGUCUAACAGUUCCUAAUAAUGCAUCAUCUUUGCUAAAGCACCCUAGGACUCCUCCCACUAAUAACCCAAGAAUGGACUAUCAAAUUGCAGAUUCUAAACAUGUGUCCAAGAAGAGAUCAAGACCUUUGGGGACCCCAGCUAAGAGCCAUGCCGAUACCCGUCACUCUUCUGAGGACUUGCCCAAGACUGUUAUUGUCAGUUUGAGUCAAGGUUCAGCUGUCAAGAGCAUGGACUUUCAUCCAGUGCAACAGACUCUGCUUCUCGUUGGAACAAAUAUUGGCAACAUAACAAUUUGGGAGGUAGGCAGCAGAGAGAGGCUUGUUUCUCGGAAUUUCGAGAUUUGGGACUUUGAUGCAUGUUCAAUGGCUCUGCAGGCAUCUGUGGCCUUUGAAUACACUGCAUCAAUCAAUCGUGUUAUCUGGAGUCCUGAUGGUUCCCAUAUUGGUAUUGGAUAUUCCAAGAGUGUAGUGCACAUAUAUUCCUAUCAUGGUGCUGAUGAUUUACGGAACCAACUAGAGAUUGAUGCUCAUGUUGGUGAAGUUAAUGAUCUUGCCUUUACUCACCUAAACAAACAAUUAUGCAUCAUAAGUUGUGGAGAGGACAAGACCAUCAAGGUCUGGGAUGCUAUCACUGGCAAUAAGCUGUAUAGUUUUGAAGGUCAUGAAGCAUCAGUUUAUUCUGUGUGCGCACAGAUGAAGGAAAACACUCAGUUCAUCUUCUCUACAGCCGUUGAUGGGAAAAUCAAGGCAUGGCUCUAUGAUAACUUAGGUUCAAGAGUUGAUUAUCAUGCUCCAGGCCAUUCUUUCACAAGAAUUGUCUAUAGUACUGAUGGAACGAGGUUAUUCUCAUGUGGGACUAAUAAAGAAGGAGAAUCAUACAUUGUGGAAUGGGAUGAAACCCAGGGGGCUGUAAAGCGAACAUAUAAUGGGCUUGGGAAGCGAACUCUGGGGGUCGUGCAGUUUGAUACGAUCAAGAACCGAUUCUUGGCUGCUGGUGAUGAGUUUCAAAUUAAAUUUUGGGACAUGGACAAUGUGAACCUGUUGAAUGCCACUAAUGCGGAGGGUGGAUUACCGGCGUCUCCUUGUUUGCGAUUUAACAAGGAAGGAAUUAUGUUGGCUGUUUCAACAAAUGAGAAUGGUAUUAAAGUACUUGCAAAUGCCGAUGGUGUUCGACUUUUGCGGUCAAUUGAGAAUCGUGCAGUUGAUGCCUCCGGGAUGGCUUCUGGAAAUGCUGUGAAGAGACCCAUAAUUGGCACAUUUGGUGCUUCCAGUUCUGUUCAUGGAACAAACAAUGGGGUUGCAGAUAGAAGUCAAAUGUCUACAGUAGUUGGUCUGAAUGGAGAUGCUCGAAGUUUGGACAAGAAUUCAAGGGUUGCUGAAGAGUUACAGAAACCUAAAACUUGGAAGCUAACUGAAGUUAAUGAACCAUCUCUUCUUCGUUCCAUACGGCUUCCCGAUGCUUUGAACCUGAUUGUUAGGUUGAUAUAUGCAAACUCAGGAGGGUCUAUAUUGGCAUUGACACAUACUGGGGUACACCGACUUUGGAAAUGGCAGAAGAAUGAGCAGAAUGUUUUGGGAAAAGCAACUACCACUGUGCCACCUCUGUUAUGGCAACCUCGCAGUGGUAUAUUGAUGAUGACCAAUGAUAUAAUCGAUAGAAAUCUUGAAGAUUCGGUUCCUUCUUGCCUUGCUCUUUCCAAUAAUGAUUCUUAUGCUGUGUCAGCAUCAGGAGGGAAAAUUUCUCUUUUUAAUACGGUGACAUUCAAGACGUUGGCAACCUUUAUGCCUCCCCCACCUGUAGCAACAUUUGUUGCUUUCCAUCCUGUGGACAAUAACAUUAUUGCCGUUGGCAUGGAGGAUUCUACAAUUCACUUGUUCCAUGUCCCAAUUGACACUGUCAAGUACAAGAUCAAGGGUCAUCAGAAGAGAGUAACUGGCCUGGCCUUCUCCACUGUUCUGAAUGUUCUUGUAUCAUCAGGAGCUGAUUCUCAGCUGUGUGUGUGGAGUCUGGAUGGAUGGGCAAAGCAGGCUGGUACGUUCUUGCAGAUUCCCACUGGUCGCGUGCUUACACCUCUUGCUCAGACCCGAGUUCAAUUUCACCAAGAUCUGAUACAUCUGCUGGCGGUACAUGAAACUCAAAUAGCCAUAUAUGAAGCAUCAAAGUUGGAGUGCCUUAAGAAGUGGGUGCCACGACAAUCUCUUGGUCCUAUCACAGAUGCUACAUAUUCCUGUGAUAGCCAGUCAAUCUAUGCGAGCUUUGAGGAUGCAAGUGUAUUUGUUCUAACUGCCUCCACACUACGAAUCAGAUGUCGGAUAAGCUCUGCUGCAUAUAUACCGUCCAAUCCCAGCGUGAGGGUGUACCCUGCUGUAGUUGCGGCUCAUCCAUCUGAGCCCAAUCAGUUUGCAGUUGGACUCACUGAUGGGGGAGUCGUUGUUAUGGAGCCACCAGAAUCAGAGGAGAUGUGGGGUACUAUGCCUCCAGUUGAGAAUGCAGGGCCUAGUGCUGGCGCAGCAGCUGGUUUGGAUCAACAGCAAAGGUGAUAGUGAUCUUGAGGCAUUCAACUGAUGACUGAUUUUGAUCCACAAUUUAAUUCAAGAGGAGCUACAAGUUUUUAGGUCGCACAGAGUGUAGGGUUUAGACUUUUGGUGAAUAGGUCUUAGCUAGGGUUACAUGACCGCUGAUCAUAUUUUGGGGAAUUCCCUUCAUAUACAUAAAAAAAAGAGAAGGUACAUAGAUGUUCAUAUCAUCAUACAAGAGACAUUAGGAGAAGAGCAGCUGUUGUUACUACACACUAAUGAAUUUGGCUAUUACAGGUCUUUGCUACCAA